UCGAUCAGCUGUGUAACUGUCGACAUCGAGCGCCCGCCACUACCGGAUUUAGGGUACUUUUCUCGCAUAGCCGCAAACCUGGCGUUCACAUCCAAUGCUGUACUCCCUCGUACUUAAGAUCUGUGACCAGCAACCAGUAUCGGUCUUCCAUUUGCUUUCCACCGUACACUCGAAGCUGACCACGUGGAAGAAUAGCUUGUGGGCUCAGAAUGAGGUUACUAGACGUGAAUGCCGUUCUGGACCGGGAAACGCACAUCCAGCAGGCCGACCCGGAACGUGAAGUCCUGAAGGAGAAUAAUAGCAAAGGUACUCGUUAUGCCAUACUGUCACAUCGCUGGGGCGACGAGGUCGGUUAUGAAGAGAUGACUGGGCUGAUGAAGAUGGAGGAGCAUAAGAGGGACAAGGUCAGGCAGCGCUCUGGCUACCAAAAGAUCAUCAAGAGCUGUAAGCAAGCCGUGAAGGAUGGACACGAGUGGUUGUGGAUCGAUACCUGCUGCAUCGACAAACGGAGCAGUUCAGAAUUAUCGGAGGCCAUUAAUUCGAUGUAUCAGUGGUACCAGAACGCACAGGUCUGCUAUGCAUACCUCAGUGACGUUGACGAGUUACCCCGGCCUACUAAGCCAUAUCACAUCAGGUCGUUCCGCGAGCGCAACGGUUGGCUGGGACCAGAAUGGUUCACGCGGGGGUGGACACUGCAGGAGCUCAUCGCACCGAGGGAACUCGAAUUCUUCAACAAGGAGUGGGUUCCCAUUGGCAACAAACGACACCUGGCAGUAGUCUUAGAGGACAUCACGGGAAUCCCACGUGAGGUUCUGAGAGACGGCCUGAGUACGCAGCGUCUCAGCGUCGCACAAAUCAUGUCGUGGGCAGCCCACCGGAAGACGGAGCGUGUGGAAGAUCGGGCUUAUUCGCUGAUGGGGAUGUUUGGAGUGAACAUGCCGAUGCUAUAUGGAGAGGGGGAAAAGGCAUUCCAGAGGCUUCAGUUGAAAAUCAUCCGUAGGUCCAGCGACCAAAGCAUAUUCGCAUGG